AUGACUUCUUUGACAUCACGAUCUGAGCUCAUUGAUCUCCUCAAAUCUAUCCUCAACGCCCGGAAUGAGACGAAAUGGGAAACUCUAGAAUCCUUAUUUCAGCCGAGUAUGCUGAUCGAUACAACAUCUCAGUCGCGCGAUGCCUUCAUCGAAAAUCUUCGUUCAGCCAGUGGAGUCUCAGUGAGACUUGAUAGUUGUGUGGUUGAUGUAAACGCCCAAGCCGUUGCUGGGCGAGUCAUCAAGACUGAAACCCUCCCAGAUGGUGAACGGUAUGAGUGUCAGGAGAUUAUUAUCACAUGGUUUGUCGACGGUCGCUUGACAACUCUCAAGCGACUCAAAGACGUUGAAUCUCGCUCUGCAAAACAAACUGCAACUCCUUCGACGUUGGAAGAACUGAAACCUACUUCUCUUGACCUUGGAGCACUGUACCGCGAGUACAUUAAGAGCAUCAACGACAAGACCAUGGAAGCAAACUUUAACAAGUUCUGUCAGUCAUCAGUGACGCAUAAUACUGUGGACAAGACCAUCGCGGAGUAUAUAUCUCUGAUUUCAGACAGUCAAAGUGCAAUUAAAGGUCUGUACUUUGACAUUCAAGAUUUCAUCAUAGAUAAGGAAGCGGGGAGAGUUGCGGCUAGGUUGAAGUUUACUGGACUCCCUGUCAAAGUAUGGGCUGGCGCUGAGCCUAAUGGGAAAAGUGUCGAGUUUCAUGAGCAUGUCAUGUAUUGGCUCGAUGAGGGAAAGAUUCACUGGGUUUGGUCUGUUGUUGAUUUGGACACAUAUCGAAGGCAGCUUCAGUAG